GUCGAGCAUAAUCGAGUCGACCAUCUUGUGGCCGCAAUACGAGCUGUUGAGCUCUUACGAACUGCACGUUGCAGCGCUUAUCAAUCACUGAUGCUGCGACAGAGAGAUGUCGCUUCGCGUUACCGCCGUGGACUCGCCUCUCGGAGAGCACACUUGCCUCGCCCGCUGCGGCGGCGCGCGCGAGCCGCAAGAAACGACACGAAGGCGUCCCGCACGCACGUCGGCCGAUAGGCUGCACGACGCCGCGACGCGAAACGCCCGCGCAGGUAACGCCGCCGAGAGACGCCGAGCGCCGCGCACCGGCAUGACGGAAGCGGAGAUCCAGAACUUCGACGCCUUCGACGCCUUCGACGACGCCGACGAGAAGCAAGGAGACCAGUCGAAGGUCCACAUCCGCGUGCAGCAGAGAAACGGGCGGAAGUGUAUUACGACCGUGCAGGGUCUGGCCGACGACCUCGACGUGAAGCGCAUCUGCAAGGCCUUCAAGAAGAACUUCCAGUGUAAUGGAGCGGUCACCAAGGAUUCGGAGAUGGGCGAGAUCAUCCAAUUGAGCGGCGACCAGCGGACGAACGUCAACAGCUUCCUCGUGGACCAGGAGAUCUGCCUGAAGUCGCAGGUGGUGAUCCAUGGGUUCUAAGAGUUGGUAGUUAA